AUGAAGUCCUUCUCGCAAUACGUUGCUGUGGCAGCAGCAGUGCCAUUUGCUCGCGCUCAAUGGCAGAAUGCUACGGAGAGCAGCAGUGCGGUUCACUUGGCAGAUACUUUGAUCCGGACGCCGUCGAGCAGUAGCUCGCGUCUGACUUCGACGAGUUCCAGCCAGGUCUCUUCGGAGGCUUCAACGUUGACUCCGUCAAGUACUGGCCAGGUCAACAUCUCAGCAGCCGCCACCCCGGACCCCAGCACUGUGACAAUAACAACACCGGCACACGUAACUGUCACGCUCGCGUUGUCGAAUACAACCAGCACCAAAGAUCCAUCCUUCACCUCGCUCAGCAGCUGCGAUGUGGCGUGGUACAAUUACAGCCAGACGGCGGGCACCGAAUACACGACUUCCACGGUUUACUGGGCCGAGUUCGAGACAAGCAUUGCCCACGGCAACAAUGACACGCCGGUGAUAACGCUGUGCGAUGGCAUCCCUCGCGGCGGCUUUUUCUACGAAACGUCCUGGGGCAGCUCCGAGACCACCAAGAGUACCGUCACCACGUCGUACGACACUGCUGCUUCUGCAAUGCCCAGCUGCUCUUUCGGUACGAAAGAGUGCAACCAGCUCUGGUCGGUGUGGAGUCAGGACUCAUCGAGCUGGGCCCAAUCACACACUGCCGCAGACGACGACAUCUGGCUCCAGGCUCCCAGCUUCUGGAGGCCCAAAUGCGAGACGUGCCAGCAGGAGUGCCAGCUCACCGGCACGGAUGAAGUGGACCUGUAUUACUGGCCCGAGCCGUGGUCGACGGACCUCAUCUGCGGCCCCAAUGCCACGCGCACCGAUCCCUGGCAGGUCGACAAACGCCAGGCCGUGACGGCAACGGUGGGCAAUUUCACCAUGACUUCGCCCACCGCCUACCUCUACUUCACCACCAUGUAUGCACGCGCCGGCAUCAGCAACGGGGCGGCGACUUGCGGAUACGACAUGUCCGACAUCUGGGUGCCCGUCCCGCCCGGCGAGCUGUCCAGUCUCCCCAACAGCCGGUCGUCGAAUCUGGCCAGGUCGUUCAACUUCGCCAACCUGGCCAAGACGACCGUCUCGGGCUUCGAGAUCCCGCUGGUGCCCAGCAGCGCGUACUGGUGGCCCAACUCGUGCUCGGACAACCCGGGCCAGCUCGAGAACACGUGCGCGCCGUCGACCAUCCACGACGACUACAAGCCGAACCUGCUCUACCGCACCCAGCUGCAGAACCUGCAGUCGGCCUGGAGCAACUGCACCCCGCUGAGCCAGUUCUUCGGCACCUACGCCAUGCACGAUCCGCCCAUCGCCUUGACCACCGCCGGCGCUCUCCUCCCGGCCUCGACCACCAAGGCCGAUCCGAGCAAGCCCGCCAGCACCACCGCGGCCGCCGAUCCCGGUAGCACUGUGUCCGAUCCCUUGCCUACGAACACCAGCCCGGCGACGACGGCGGCGGCUACUCAGAGUGCCGACCCUACUCAGACUGAAUCUUCUCCGAGCGAUCCCACUCAGACCGAUCCCGCUCAAAGUGACCCUACUGACACGGAUUCCGCGACCCAGAGUGACCCUACUGAGACCGAUCCUGCCGAGAGCAAUCCUGUUCAGACUGACCCUGCCACUCAAACCGACCCUGCUCAGACCGAGAGUGACCCAGUUCAGACGGAUCCUGCCACUCAAGCUGAUCCCACUGAGACCGACCCUGCCACUCAAGCUGAUCCUACUGAGACCGACCCUGCCACUCAAGCUGAUCCUACUCAAACUGAUCCUGCUCAGACCGAGAGUGAUCCCGUUCAGACUGUCCCUGCCACUCAAGCUGAUCCCACUCAAGCUGAUCCUACUCAAGCUGAUCCUACUCAAGCCGAUCCUACUCAAACCGAUCCUGCUCAAACUGAUCCUGCUCAAACCGAUCCUGCUCAGACAGAGAGUGAUCCUGUUCAGACUGAUCCUACCACCCAGACAGAGAGUGAACCAGUUCAGACCGAUCCUACCACUCAGCCCGAUCCUGCUCAGACCGAUCCUGCUCAGACCGACCCUGCCGAGACCGACCCUGUUCAGACAGACCCUACCACUCAAACCGACCCUACUCAGACCGACCCCGCCGACUCAAGCACCGGUGCGGAUUCCGCAGACCCUCCAUCGAGCACUGUUGCUCCCGGAACCUCGGAUCCGGAGUCUUCUGACUCGUCCGCCCAAGGCUCGUCGGACGCCACUUCAUCAAACCAAGGCGCCUCCCCAGAUCCCACGAACUCGGGCGCUGCGGCGGCUGCAUCCACCGGAUCCAACGACAACGACGACGACAACACCUCCGUCGUGACAAUCGCGUUCCCCGACCCCAGCACAACCGAUGCGUCUGAUCCCGCAUCAGCCGUCUCGGCAGCAUCAGCCGUCUCGGCAGCAUCAGGAGCAGCAACAGAAGCAGGAGCAACGGGAACAGCAGCAUCAGCAGCAACAGCAGCAACCAUCACCCUCGACGGCACGCCCUACACGGCCGUCCCCGGCCAAGACCUGACCAUCGGCUCGACCGUCAUCAGCGCCGGGCAAGCGGCCGCCACCGUCACGCUCGACGCUGGCGGCAGCAGCGGUGGCAGCAGCAGCCAGGUCGUCGUCAUCAGCGCCGGGAGUGCGGGAGUGGUCGUCGUCGACGGCGGCAGCGGCAGCGGCACGACGACGCAGGCGUAUGGAGCGGGUGGAACGGCAGCAUCGGACGUGUCGGCUGCGGCGGUGUCGGCGUCGGCGACGGCGUCGGCGCAGGUGAUUACCGUCGCGGGCGAGACGUUGACGGCUGCGGGUUCGGGGUCGGGGGUUGUUGUCGUUGGGGGUGGUGGGAGCACGACGACGCUGACGGCGGGUGGUGGUGCGGUUACGCUGGGAGGGACUGCCAGUGGGCAGGUGGUGAGUGUGGGGUCGGAUGGGGUGGUGGUGGGCGGAUCGACGACGGUGGCGAUUGCGUCGGCGACGAGCGGAGUGGAAGGGAGUGGUGGUGCUUCUGGCGCUGCUACCAGCGGCGGUGAUGUUGUCCUCAGCGUGGGUGGUUCAGCCACCACGGUCGAUGGGCACAGCAUCAGUCUGGCUCCCUCGGGCGUUGUCGUCGUUGAUGGAACGUCGCAGACGCUUGGUGGGACUGCGGGCGCCAGUGCUAUUACGGUCGACGGCCAGACGCUCAGUGUUGACGCUGGCGCUGGUUCCGGAGAUGGCACCGUGUCGCAGACGACCGAGGCGGGGGUGUUGACCCUGGGGUCUGAGACCGUCACGGCGGCCAUACCUGGGAGCAGCACCGGUGUCAUUGUCGUCGGGUCGCAGACUCUGACGGUGGGCGGAGCACCCGUCACCACGGGAGGCGAGGUGCUGAGUGCGGCGUCCGACGGCAUUGUCGUGGACGGGACUACGACGGAGAGCGUCGGGUCUGAACACACGUCCACUACAUCCAGGACUCGCAGUGGCGCGUCGUCUACCCGUAGUAGCGCGUCGUCUACCACGAGCUCAACUGGCCACUCCACCACGAGCGGAGGGAACUCAGAGGCUACGACAACCUCGGAUUCGGACCAGGGAUCGAGUGCGAGUGCUCUGAAGAGAGGAAGGCUUUUCUCCUAUGUCUUCGCCAUUGCCAUCCCGCUCUUCCUUUAG